AUGGCAUCGGCACAGAAAAUGGUUCCUCUCGGCGACGAGGACUUGGUGUUGGAUCUCGAAGAUGAGGAAACUGCUGCACUGAGAGGCGAUCUGGCGCCAGUAGUUGGGACAAUUCAAAAGUCAGGGUAUCAAGUCAGAAUCCGUCGACAACACGAAGUCAAUGGCCUUUUCGAACCUCAUCUUUCGCAAGAGGCCACCCUUCUGGUGUUGAAGUUCCAACUCAAAGCCGACGAUCCGAAUGACCGCAUCACAUUCUUCUCAGUGUCGCUGAUAUUUGAUUCAGCGCCCGAUGCAGAUGAUGACGAUGAUCCCCCCUAUCUCGUUUCUUUCGCUCCUGCCCAAGAAGGGGCUAUAUCACUUGAAGAGCAUCAGACGACGGUGACUAGGACACAUGAAUUCAAGGUUACAGGCUCUGGGCAAGCUCCACUCAAUGUUGCAUCUCUGAAUCUCGAAGGAUCGAGGUCCACGCAGCGAGAAUAUACGCAGCAAGACAAGUACGUGCUCCAGACACAGACGUCGCGAGACCCUAUGACUCUCAGCGAGGAAAACGUCGUGUGCUGGGAAAUGAACGCCGCCAGCACCCCCGAAGGUGUUGGAGAUAGCAUUACAGUUGCGGUCUUGCUUCGACGAGCCCGCUCAUCCAGGUUCUCUAUCAGCUUAGAAGCCCAUGCGCACGUCGGGAGCAUAGCAAACGCGGUAGAAAAAGUCAAAGACCUCCUCGACGUCCGUAAGAAAAAGAAAUAUAAGACGCUGGGACGGUUUGGUCCAGCGAAGGGGGCCAAACAGGUGCCAGGUGGGCAGACAGUUCCAGAAGGUAUCGAUCCCAGCAAUUUGUACAGUUGCUCGACUUGUUCCCGAUAUGCCGCCUUAAGGGGGCCAAAGACGCCGACAUCGAGCGGCUGGAGUUUGUGA